CCAGAUACACUCAAGAGAUACACACUAAAGGCAAAAAGAAAGCAAAGAAAUCAAACCAAGACUAUCUCUACUGAGAAAAGAGGAUAAAAAGUUGCAACCAUCAAAACUCCCCGAAAUAGAGGAUCAUCGACUCACUCUGACCGUCCAAUAUGUGGAGCCAGGUGUCCCUCUUGUGUCUCUCCUGCUUUACUCUGUCGACCUUAAGCCAGACCCAAGACCGAGCCUCCCUCCACCGCUACAAAGACCAUGCUGGGCGCUGCCAAUACACCUUCAAUGUAGCCAGCCCAGAGGAGUCCAGCUGCCCUGAAAGCAACGUGAAACCAGAGAUGGAUGGCGUUUUGUCCCGGCUGACCCUGCUGGAGGCUCUGGUCAGCCGCCUGAUAGCAGGAGAGGACGGAGGGGCAGGGACUGGGGUCGGGGCAACUGAAGAGGGUCUGCAGGAAGCUUUCACCCAGGUUACAGGGGAGAGAAACCAGCUGCAGCUAGACAAGGAGCGACUCAACAGGCAGGUCCAGGAGCUGCAAAGGAGGCUGGAGGAGCUGAGAGCAGAGGCUGAGAGUCUGAGGCAGAGACCUUGCCAGCAGACAGGCACCGCAGGAGGAAAUCCGCGUGAACACAGACCUGCAAGUGACCCUGCAGACAAUAAUAUGAACGGUGCAUACCAGGAGAUGAAGGCUGAGGUAACAGAGGUCCCAGCUUCACACCUGAUUCCUGAGGGAAACUUCACAGGUUGUGGAGAGCUUCUGUCAGUGGGAGACCCUGAGAUGCACAGGAAGGCUGACAGCAUCACAGGGAAGUAUGGGGUAUGGCUUCAGGAUCCGGAGCCACAGGGUGAUAUCUACACCAACAAGACUGUGUGGCGUAUCGAUGCAGUAGGCAAAGACAUACGUCAGCUCUUUGCCUACGAGGACAUGGAUCAGUUCUCCAGAGGAUUCCCCUCUAAGGUCAUGGUCCUGCCUGAGCCUGUAGAGAGCACCGGUGCCACCAUUUACCGCGGCUCCCUCUACUACCAGCGCAGACGCAGCCGUACUCUGAUCCGCUAUGACCUGGCCUCUGAAAAACUGGCUUCACGCUCAGACCUGCCACACGCUGGCUUCCAUGGUCAGUUCCCAUACUCCUGGGGCGGCUACACCGACAUCGACCUGGCUGCAGAUGAGCAAGGUUUGUGGGCCAUCUACAGCACCAGCAAGGCAAAAGGUGCGAUUGUGAUUUCCCAGCUGGACCCUGAGAGUCUGGAGGUGAAGAGGAGCUGGGAGACCAACAUCAGGAAGAACACAGUGGCCAACUCCUUCAUGAUAUGUGGGCGUCUGUACACAGUGGCCAGCUACACUGCAGCCAAUACCACUAUCAACUACAUGUUUGACACGGCCACCGGUGAGGGGCGUGCUGUUGCUGUUCCGUUCAAGAACAAGUAUCGUUAUAACAGCAUGGUGGACUACAACCACGCCCAGAGGAAGCUACACGCCUGGGACAACUUCCACAUGGUCACCUAUGGCAUCAGACUGGGUCGGGCCAGUCAGGGGAGCAGCUAAAGAGAACACAGACAGAGACACUGCUGUUUACAGGACUCUGAAUGAGAUAAAACAUAUAAUCAUAUGAACUGUACUGAGGUUAUUUCAAGGUGUUUUUGCAUCUUCAAAGUCUAUUUUUAUAACACUACUGUAAAUAAAAUCUCUUAUACCAACAUAAAUGUAUUCACAAUUCAUAAACGUAGCUAAGAUAUAGCCCAUGUUAACAGAAAUUGUGAUUGAAAAUCAAGAUAUUUUUGUAUCA